GCGGCGCCGUGCCCGGUGAGCGCGCGGCGGGAGGGGUGCCAUCUCCCUGCCAGCCCGUGCCACCAUGAGCUCCGAGACGCUGGUCAAGGACGUCAAACCAGGGCUCAAGAACCUCAACCUCAUCUUCAUCGUGCUGGAGACUGGCCGGGUGACCAAGACCAAGGACGGGCACGAGGUGCGCACGUGCAAGGUGGCCGACAAGACCGGGAGCAUCAACAUCUCCGUGUGGGACGAUGUGGGGAACCUCAUCCAGCCCGGGGACAUCAUCCGGCUCACCAAGGGCUACGCCUCGGUGUUCAAGGGCUGCCUGACACUCUACACCGGCCGAGGGGGAGACCUGCAGAAAAUCGGAGAGUUCUGCAUGGUCUAUUCCGAGGUGCCCAAUUUCAGCGAGCCCAACCCCGAGUACGUGGCACAGCAGGCACAGGGCAAAGGGGCUCAGACCGAGAGCGCGGCCCCGGCAGCGCCCCCGCCCCCCCCGGGCCCCCCCUCCGCCCCCCCCCCAGCCCCCGAGAGCCAGAACGGGAACGGGCUGGGCCCGGGGGGCCCCCCCGCGCACCCCCCGAGCGGCCGCAUCACCCGGAGCCAGCCCGGCCCCGUCAGCAACGGCAAAGAGACCCGGAGGAGCGGCAAGAGAUAACGGGGAGCGCCUCCCCGGAGCCCCCCGGAACCACCCGGGACCCCCCGGAGCCCCCCAGAACCACCUGGAACCCCCAGAACCACCUGGAACCACCCCCCGGAGCCCCCCAGAACCACCUGGAAC